AUGUUUAACAAAGUGCUACAACGUGCAUUUAACUUCCGUUUAAAGAAGACUUAUCCUACAAACAUAUACGAUAUUUCACGUGGAUCGGCCUUGACAGUGAAAAGACCGUACAGUGACGAAGUACGUAAAGCCCAAGCUCAAAGUAUCGCCUCACCCGGACCUACGAUCUUCGACAAGAUAAUAUCUAAAGAAAUCAAGGCAGAUAUUAUCUAUGAAGAUGAGUUAUGCUUAGCAUUCAACGACGUUUCACCGCAGGCUCCUGUACAUUUUCUAGUUAUACCCAAGAGACGAAUUGCAAGAUUGCAGGAUGCAGAAGUGGAUGACAAGGAGCUCCUAGGCCACCUAAUGCUCGUGGCGCGUUCACUAGGCUCUCAGAAGGCGCCUUCAGGCUGGCGAUUGGUCGUCAACAACGGGAGGGAUGGUGCUCAAUCGGUGUACCAUUUGCAUUUGCACGUCCUUGGUGGACGACAGAUGGGUUGGCCACCGGGUUAACUGGAAACAAAAAGGGGAAUACGCGUCGUAGGACGUGCGAUGUGAUAGUCGCUGGAGAACAUAGACUUGGAGAGUAUAUACUAGCAUAGUAGACGAACUGACACCUGGAAAUUACUAUUUAUGGAUUUUGAGCAGGGUUUACAGUCACGACAGAAUUAUACCUUAAUAAUUAUAUAAUUAACAACAAUAUGCUUCCGCUAGCAAUGCAAACACAUAGUUUGCGUUAGACACAUAUACAAACGUAAAAAUGUCGAUCUCAAAAAAGUUGCAAGCCAAACCUGGAAAAACUUCCAAAGAUUUCUCUUCGUUUUUAUUUAGUUUUUUAGCUGUUUGUAAUUUUUAGUCAAAAACGAAAGAGACAAAACUAUAAAUCAGUAUGGAUAAUUCUUGUAUAUAAUUAAAUCGGAUAAUUAUCAAAGAAAUUAAGUAUCUUGUUAAUUUGGGUGCCUGAUUUUUAGUUUGUCCACAACAUAUCCGCGGCUUGUAUUUUAAUAAUGAGACGCAAUUCAAUGACGUAAAAGAAUGGUGGUCGUAAAAUAGUGUGUUUGUUGAUCUUUCCUCGAAAUUUCAUGACAAUACUUGAAAAACUAAUGUCUGAAUGGGCUGUGAUAACAGGGUGCAACGGCAGACCUAUAUAUAUGACGGAAUUAUAAGAUAUGACGUAUAUAAUAAAGAAAUAUACCGAAUAAAGGUAUCAAAAACCAAUAGGCGGUUCUUUACAUAGGAGAUCAACAUGAUAUUACACGUCGCUCUUAUCUGCGUGCGAGCAGUAAGUUGAAGGAGUAUUUUUGCGAUAUUUUUUAAAAUUUCAUUAAUCGAAGUAAAACUAAUUAAUCUAAGUCAAUUUCAUAAGUCUGUCGUCGACAAAUGAAAUUAAUGAAAUUAAAAAUAUAAUUUUAAUACACUAAUUCUUUUACGUAUUUCUAUAAAGCAAAAGGACGUUACAAUAUCGUCAUUCGUCUAUUAAGUUAGGUGGUAUAAGAUGUUUAAUAAUUGUAGAGUAGGAAAGUAAAUCUAAUAUGCUUGUAGUUUGAUACAGUGUAUCUGUAUCAAGCUACAAUUAUGACAGUGGCCAAGGGUAGAAUUUGAAAAGGUAAACCGAUGUCGAAGUUACUGCUAUUUUUUUUUUAUGAAACCAAGCGGCGGGUCGAAGAAGUCUUCCGCCAGGUGGUAAGCGACACACCUGUUAGUAACAGUUGCAAUGUCAUGCAGUGACUCACAUUACUGCUUAAGUAAGUUGCAGAAGUAGGUAAGGGGUAGUAUUUACCUGGACGAAUUCUUUAACCUAAUGCUGUUAAGUUAUAGAACAAAUUCCUCUGGCAAUCCGACGGGAAUUGCAUUUUAUAGGCCCUUCGCUACUGGUAUCUAAAGUUACUUAUGAUCUGUAUUUAGGGAAAUAAACUUAUCUACUCUGUCUAUGUGGGAAAGCCAUUCUUUAGGAAACGUCUCCAUGUUGACUUCAUCAAAGACCGCGGAAGAAGAUCCAAGUAGUAUUCCGGCGACUAUCUUGUUGCAUGACCUUGAAUAAGCCGUGAAAGGUGAUAAAGCAAUGGAAUUGAAAAUCGCAAAUUUAAAGAGACUGAUAAACUGUUUUUGCAAAAAGCAAAAGCAGACGUUAUCCUUUAAGGCUAGGGACCAAUCUAGCGGAUAUUAUGCAGCUUAAUUAAGCUCCCGCAAUCCCGCUCAAUCGUGGCAAGUCAAAGUCCUAGUUAUUCGUUGUUAUUGGUCACGAUUUGACAUAAAUUGUGUGAGAGCGAUGAGCUUUGUCCUGGAUUACGCAGUCAAUGAGUGUUUUUCAAUUAUUUUUUGAAAUUUCAUUAAUAAGGUGCCACAAAGUAAUGAAAUGUUUUUCUAUAAUUAAUGAAAUUGAAGAACGCUACUAAGCUGUUUAAUUUCCGCAGAAUGUGUCCUUGUAUUAAUUAAAAAAUUCUGUGAUACUUACGUAGCUUUUGCGUAGGUAUAUUUUAGGAUUUUUGCUAUGAGCAGUAAGUGCCCAGCGGUGGGACUUGUAUUCGCGCAGUAUAGUAACAAUCCAGUGACGAUAACGACUGUUUGUCAAACACGAGGUUACAUAGUUCGGUCACCAGUGCAGUUGUCACGUUAUUACAGAUACCGUGCCUGUGAAAACGGUCUACGACACGUAAAAGAUAUAUGAAAUACGAAAUGUUUUCCCUUUACGUUUGACAAAGAAUUGAAUGCCACCGUGUUACCGUAUUGGGGACUUUAAGAAUAAAAAAAGGUGUCAUACAGAACUAAUGCCAUUUUAAUUUAGAAAUUAGUGCAAUAACUCAGCCAAAUUAGUUGUAAGAGUCAAAGGUCUAUUCUGUAGCUGUUGUAUAAUUUUCAAAACUAAAUUUUAGUUUGCGUGGUUUAAUUGACAGCAGAAUCAACUUGCGAAUUAAAAUGUUAUGCCUUUGAAUUAUAAGCUGGUUGGACUGAAAUGUCUUGUGGAAUUGCCACCAGCAAUUCAUCUUGAAGGAAAAUGAAAAUGUAACUACAAUACCACAGUUUGAAGCCGUCUUAUGUCUACACAAUUGUUGGUUGAGUUUUUUUUACAUCCAAACUCACAGCUUUGUUACAAAGAUCGUACACUAAAAAAAUCCUUUGAUCCUAUUGGAAUUUAACCGGGGCCAUCAACUGAAAUACAGACUCUUUUCGCCGUCAGCGCACCUGUGAGAAGCACUUAAUAUUAUGAAGUUACUCAACCUUUGCAGUUACCAGAAGCUGACAAGAGAUGUCGCUGUAUUAAGUGCAAUUUUCUUUGUUUUUUAUCUUUGUAUCAAUAAUGAAAACAAAGUGGUGGAGUAUUUUCACAAAUGAAAAUGAGUAUGAUAAUAAAAAGUAGUAAAGAAUUGUAAUUAAUAAAAAGCUAAAUUCGUUACGUGCACAAAUAAUGAACAUCAGUGAAUCUAUCUCAGUUGAGUAACAAUUGACUAGAUUUUUGUAAAUAAUUAUUUAAUUCCAUUCUAGAUAUAAUUAUUUUAAAAUCUCAGAGUGAAAUAUGUUAUCAGAAUUCUCAAAAAAAAAAUCUGAUUGUGCUAGUUUUUAUUUGUGUUUGUAUAGUUUUUUCAAUUAGUCACGUUAAAUACCAAAUCACAAUAACAUACCAAAAAAAUCUAGUCAAGAGAGACUGCGACCGCCAUUUCAAACUUAACGUCUGUGAUUAUUUGAGUUUAAUAUCGGGACUUAAUCGUGUAUUUUUAUUUAUUUCGACGUUUCGGACUUGUUGCAAACGGAAUUUGCAACGUUCGAGACUAAGGAUGAAAAAAUAUAUAUUUAUUUUUACACGUUUGACUCCCGAUAUUAAAUUCAAACAAUGCUUGAACAUUUUGAUUAAUUAACGUCUACAAUGUUGGAAAUACAGUAGAUUUACGUAAAUAGUGAAAGUUUUCGGGACAGUGCAAAUCAAACUGUGGUGUUUAUUAUUAUUGUUAUUUGCUUAGUUGUAGUUCGUCUUACAAUUAUAAAAAUUGGUGAUCACAUAUCCUGUAGUGUGUAGUGCGUUUUUUUGAUAUCCAGAAUCUCAUCGAGAACUUUUUGUUUUUAAUAUACCUAGUUAUUACAAAUGUUGCAAAAUAAAUAAAUACACUAGACAAUCUAAUUCUCUGAUGUCAUAUUAGGGAAUUCCCGUAAAUGUUACCAUGUACAGCUCUAUAUAUAAAUUAAUAUUUUUUUCCUCCUGAAUACGAGAGACAGAUGCACAAGAACUUAAAUUUAGUUUGCGUUUGCUCGAAUUGAUUGACGCUAUUGAUGUUAAAAGAAAUUCCAUUGUUGCCAUUGAAUGAGAAUUUCGAUCAAAUGUGUUUUAAUGAGAUUCUUGGUUCGUAGAUGAUAGUUUUAUUGGUUGCGGGUAGGAUGCCAUGAGUUGUUCGAUUGUUUUUGUUUAAAAAAACAAAUAGAACGCCCUAGCAUCAAUUUUUAACGUUUAGAGUUUAAUUUUGUGUUAAAUUCUGUAACUAAA